AUGGACGAAGAAGACCAACUGAUCCAGCCUCAAGACCAGAGCUGCUGGGCCACCCUGCCCGAUGUGUGCCUGCGUCGUAUCUUCUGGUGGCUGGGAGACAGGGACAGGUCCAGAGCAGCCCUUGUCUGCAGGAAGUGGAACCAGACGAUGUAUUCGGCUGACCUCUGGCGAUACAGGACCAUCACGUUCAGUGGGAGACCUUCCAGGGUACAUGCAUCCGAAUUCGAGUCAGCCCUUUGGUAUGUUAAGAAAUUUGGUCGUUACCUGGAGCACCUGGAGAUCAAAUUCCUGAAUCCUUACAACGCUGUCCUGACCAAGAAGUUCCAGGUCACCAUGCGAGGCCUCCUCUCAUGUCUGGGCAAGAGUAACAACCGUCUGAAAUCUUUCUCCAUCCAGCAUCUCGAGUUGGACCGCCUGGUCUGGAGGAACAGCAUCAGGAGCUCAUUCAUGAGAAGCUUGAGCUUCUUCUUGAAGAAGAUGGGCAAACACCUGAACUAUCUCAGCCUGAAGGGGGCCAGGCUCACCACAGAACAAGGCUGCCACAUCCUCAACGCCCUGAGCUACUUAAGGAACGAGAGCACGGUGACGGAGCUCAACAUCGAGGACUAUUUCAGCCACCACCUCGCCGUCUACAGCAGUCCCCAGUUCAACAAGACCAUGGCCACGUUCCGCAGCCUGGUGUCCCUGACCCUCAACUACAACUGCAUCUCUGACGAGCUGCUGGAAAACCUGUGCGACAACAACCCCGGCACCCUCCGGACCAUAAACAUCAAGUGCCACAUUCACGACCCCCAUGGGCAGGUCAUCUGGGGCAUGUCUUGGGCCAAGCUGGCGAGGCACGCCACCAGCCUGAAGGUCAACUUCUUCUUUGAGCGGGUCAUGAAGUAUGAGCACUUGGCCCGGAUCCUCUUGCAGGAGAUCCCCAUCAGGAGCAUCAGUCUGAGAAGCUGCUAUUUCAGCGACCCCGACUGGUCCAUGAGACCCACCCUGACGGACCUCCUGCCCACCUUUCGGCACACUCUGCAGAAACUAACUUUUGAAUUCAACAACAACCAUGAGUCUCUGGAUGAAGAGCUGCACCUCCUCAUCUUAUCCUGCAGGAAGUUGUUUUAUUUCAAAAUCUGGGCUUUCCUGGAUGUUAAGUUUGUGGAGAGGAUCCUAAAGAGCCGGGAGGAAGGGCAGUGUGCCCUGCGCACACUCAAGGUGAGAAUUUAUACAAACAGAUAUGAGACGAAUGAAGAGGACAGGACACUGCGGGAAAUUUACAGGAAGUACAGAAAGCUGAUCGAUUCAGAGCUUAACUAUUUUGUCAUCGCUUACCCCAUGAUGUAA